AUGAAACUAUUUUUUAUUGCUACAAUUGCAUUAUUAUCAUACAUAGCAAUUGAUCUUGUAUUCAAUUAGAAUAUGUGGGAUGCUAAUACUACAUUGACAUUAUAUUUGCAAUAAAACUAAUUUGAUGGUGAGAAAGAAAUGUUCCUAGUUUUCUCAUAUUCCCUUUAUGUACUUCCAAGCAUAGCAGGAAUAGCUUUUCUGAUUUUGGAUAAUAAACUAGGAGCAUUGUUAUAUGGUGGAAUGAUUCUAUUCUCAGUAGCAUCUAAUUCUUUAUUGAAAAAUAUCUAUCAUUAAGCAAGACCAUUCUUUAUUGUUGAAGAGAUAGAGCCUUAUGAAUGCAAUAAAGAAUUUGGAAAACCUUCAGGUCAUGCAAUGACAUCAUAAGCAAUGUGUUUCUUAUUACCAUCUAUAUUAUUUCCAGCUAUUUGGAAAGAUUAAUCGAAGUAAUUAAAUUAAUAAUCAUAGCUGCAAGUAUCCAUUACAUUUAAGGUUAUUAGUUAUAUUUAUUAUUACUUUUUGGACCUUUAUGACUGGAUUUUCAAGAGUAUUUAUGGGAGUUCAUUCAUUUGGUUAAAUUAUUCUAGGUUGGGUUUAUCAAGCAUAUAUUUCUAUAAUUUACAUGCAAUACUUACAUGAUAAAAUAGUUAAUUAUCUAAAAGAAUGUUUAUAAGUUGGAUAAUAGGGUGUUUCAAUUAAAGUAAUAAGUGUAAUUGGUUUCAUUGUAUUCAUUUGGACAUGUAUAUCGAUUCUAUUCUUAGAAUUAAAUAGGAAUAUAUUCAUAUCUACAUCUGAAGCUACUUUAUGGAUGGAGGCUGUUUAUGAAAAGUGUGAUAACCAAACAACACUUUAUACUAUUGAUAGUCCUUCAGUACUCUAAAAUAUUUGUUUCAGUAUGUGUUUGUAUAUUUGGUUUAUGCUAAGUUUUGUUUUUGGAAUUAAACUUAGUAAAGGAAUAUAUUUAGAGAAUGAAUUCAAAUAACAUUAUAAAUAAAUAUCAUAUUGGAAAAAGACUUAGAGAAUAUUGGUUUUGAUUAUUUUGAUUUCUUUAUUGAUUCCAUUCUACUUCAUUAAAUUUGAUGCAGUUUAUGCAUAAGCAUUUGGUUAGGUAAGUCAUUCUAUAAUUUAGGUUGUUCCAGUUUCGAUAUUAGGAGGAUUAUUUAUAACUGUUGUGUACUAAAAACUAUUAAAUUAUUUAAAGUUAUCUAUACCUGGAGAUUUCUUAUAAAUAAUUACUAAUCAAUCAUCAGAUGGGUAUAUUAAUUAUUUAAUUUAAAUAGAAUAAUUAUUGAAAGAUAAGUUAAGAAAUCUUGA